AUGUGGGUGAAUAACCCUAUACCUUCCAAUUUGAAAUCAGAAGCAAAAAAAGGAGCUAAGAUCUUAAGAGAAUUUACAGAAAUAACAUCCAGGAAUGGACCUGACAAGAUCAUACCUGCUCAUGUGAUUGCAAAAGCAAAAGGCCUCACAAUUUUGUCGGUUAUCAAGGCUGGAUUUUUGGUAACAGCUCGAGGAGGCAGUGGGAUUGUAUUGGCUCGUCUGCCUAAUGGAAGCUGGUCUGCUCCUUCUGCAAUAGGGAUAGCUGGCCUUGGUGGUGGAUUUGAAAUUGGAAUCGAGGUAUCAGACCUUGUAAUAAUACUGAACCAUGAAAGAGCUGUUGAAGCAUUUGCAAAAGGUGGCAAUCUUACUCUGGGAGGAAACUUUACGGUGGCAGUCGGGCCUUUGGGGAGGAAUCUAGAAGGUGACGUAGCCUUGAGAAGUUCUGCUGCUGUCUUUACAUACUGCAGAUCUCGAGGGUUAUUUGCAGGUGUGUCUUUGGAAGGAAGCUGUUUAAUUGAGAGGAAGGAAACAAACAGCAAAUUCUAUGGUUCGGGCGUUCGUGCAAGUGCCAUUCUGUUCGGUGAUCUGCCUCCUCCUGUUCAGGCACAAGACCUUUAUGAUGUUCUGGAGUCUUUUACUCUACAAUAUGAAACUCAGAAGGGGAGAAACCAUGGAUGGACACCAGCAGUAAAGGAACCGAGAAAGACUAAUGAGCACUCCUCAAGGCCACAUUCACACAGGACUUCUGAAAACUCCACACCAGAAGCUGUGAGAACACCAAACAGACUUUAUCCUGAACUUCCCAGUUACUCUGCCACAGUGGGAAACUCUUGUGCCAGUCCUAUGAUGGUGAAAGCAAUAUAUCCAUUUGAAGGGCAACUGCCAGGGGACUUGACUUUCAAAGCUGGAGACCAAAUCAAGAUCACAACGAAAACAGAUUCACAGUUUGAUUGGUGGGAAGGAUAUUUCCAAGGCAGGACUGGCAUUUUCCCUGCCAAUUAUGUCACAAUGAACUAAAGAUAAAGCAAUAUUAAAUGGUGUUAUCAUUUAAUCGACAUACUUCUGAAAUA